UGUGAGCCUGGUUACCGGAGAAAACCGCUAAGACAAUGUGUUUGGACUAGCCGCUGUAAGCUGUGUGAUGCCAUCUCUCACGCUCCGGUCCUGUAUCUAAAAUAACGUGCCCGCUGCUGGCAGGACGCGGAUUAGAGAAGGUGACACAUUUGGUGUCAACUGAGGUUGGUCACUGGCCUCGGUUCAACAGCGCUGAUUGCAUCACAGGAGUUCCUCUGGUGCCUCAGGGGCUCCGUCCCCCAUGCCUGCUUCUCCAGGCUACACUCGACUGGAGCAGAAUGAUCCUAUGAACACUCUGCGGAUUUCUGUCGGAGGCCUCCCCAUGUUGGCUUCCAUGGCCAAUACUACUGAUCCUCGCUUCCGCCUCAAGUGGAGGUCCAUCGUGGUGGUAGCACUCGCCCUGGCCUUGGUGCUCCUGCUCCUCAUGCACCUCACUCCGAGGUUACAAUCUCAACCCUACAGCCCACACAGCUGGAAAGCCAGCCGCCUUGACCCCAAGCAGGCUGAGUCCCAUUACAAUGACACCUACCCACUCAGUCCUCCAGAGCGCACACCACAUGGUACCCGCUACCGCAUUGGGGUCAUCGCCGACUUGGACACGAACUCUCUCAGUGACAAGAAGCUGACUUGGUUCAGCUACAUGCGGCGGGGAUAUCUGUUGGUGUCCCAGAGUGGUGACAAGGUGGCAGUAGAAUGGGACCAGGACAGGGUGGUGCUGGAAAGUCACCUCGCAGAGAAGGGCAGGGGAAUGGAGCUGUCCGAGCUGGUGGUGUUCAAUGGGAAGCUGUACAGUGUUGACGACAGAACAGGCGUAGUCUAUCAUAUUGACGGUGACAAGGCUGUGCCCUGGGUCAUCUUGCCCGAUGGCGAUGGCAGUGUUGCCAAAGGGUUCAAAGCAGAGUGGCUGGCAGUGAAGGACGAGCACCUGUACGUUGGCGGUCUGGGGAAGGAGUGGACCACGACGUCGGGGGAGUUCGUCAACAACAACCCAGAGUGGGUAAAAGUAGUCGGCUACAGAGGAGAUAUUCAACACGAGAACUGGGUCCCCAAGUAUAACUUUUUAAAGUCUGCUGCAGGCAUAAAACCCCCAGGUUAUCUUAUACAUGAGUCAGCGGCGUGGAGCGAUACCCUGCAGCGCUGGUUUUUCCUCCCUCGCCGUGCCAGCAUGGAGCGCUACGAGGAGACGGCGGAUGAGCGCCGCGCCACAAACCUCGUCCUCAGCUGCUCACCAGACUUCGAAGACAUCAUCGUGAGCAAAGUGGGACCGCACAACCCCACCCACGGUUUCUCCUCCUUCAAGUUCGUCCCCAAUACAGACGACCAAAUCAUCCUGGCGCUCAAGUCGGAGGAAGAUGCUGGAAAGAUUGCUUCAUACAUCAUGGCCUUCACACUAGAUGGACGCAUUCUUUUACCCGAAACCAAGAUUGGGGAUGUGAAAUACGAGGGUUUGGAGUUCAUUUAGAAGGGUAGAAGUCAGAGGUAGAGGCCACUGCACUGUGGUUCAAUGUUGUUUACAAUCCAUUCACUGCUGAAGUGACUCGCUGCUCACUCACUGAGUUUGUGUAAGGCACACUUCCACUCCUUAAAGGAUCUCCUUCUGUGAAAAUAGAAGAACAAUGGUCUGAGACCGUAACGUAUGGUCCUUUUUUAUGGGUGUUGAGACAGUGCUAACCAAUCAGAAAAAGUAACGUCAGCAUGUCUUGUGGCUGGUCACCCUCGUUCCAGGCCAUAUGAGGCCCUCUAAAGUACUGUAGCCUUUCUUAAAUUGAAUGUACAAGAAGAUUGAUUAAUCAGAGACUGUGAUUGUUUUUUGUUUUGUUUUGUUUUGUAUUUUAAGCAUACCUUACAUUUCCUUAUAAAAUGCACAUACUGUACACGGAUAUUGUUUGGGAGGGAGCGAUCAUAGAGUUUUAUUUCUUUGCUUGGUGUCAAAAAUGUCAUACUGUACACAUCAAACAUGUCACCUUCAGUGGAAUACCUAAAUGCUUGUUUUUAUUGUUCAUACAACUUGACAAAAUUUGAAGGAAUAUUUGGUGAAUAAUGAUUCAUAUGUAACUUCAUAGCGAUUUUUGUGGGUUCUUUGAGUAAAGUCUCUUACUACUUUGUGA